AUGGCUAACCAACCAGACAUCGUGUUGAUCGACAAACAGCAGAAGAAGGCAGUAGUAAUAGAUGUGGCAAUCCCAAGCGACAGCAACAUCAAGAAGAAAGAACACGAGAAGCUUGAGAAAUACCAAGGGCUCAAAGAGGAGCCAGAAAAGAUGUGGAAAACUCGGAAAAGCUCCGCUCAACUGCCUGCCUCUCCGUCCUGGAUCGAACUGAUUCAGCCCCGCUAUCAGAAUUCUGUCAAAAUUACCAUCAAAGAAGAUGAGGAUAUCAUCCUAAAUUGUUCUUUUGGGAAAGACAUUACAGGUCAUCGCAUUGAGUGGAAAAAAGAUGACAAUGAUGUUUUUCAUUUUGAUUUCACGAAGGAGGAUCUUACAGUUGAGGAUCCAAAGUUUACAGACAGGGUCUCACGUUUUUCAGAAGAUCUAAAGUCUGGAGAUGCUUCCGUAAAAAUCCAGGGAGCAAAGGUUUCAGACAGUGGAAAAUACAGCUGCUUGCAUAUUAACCAACCUGGACAAGCUCCAAAGGACCAGCGGCUUAUUGAGCUUACUGUUGGUACUUGUCCACAGCCAAUUAUCAGGGGUCUUGAGAACAGAAAUGGUGGGAGGGAGGUGGAGUGUAAAGCUGCUGGUGCUUUUCCAAAACCUGAGAUGGAGCUGCAAAAUGAUUCUAAUGUUACUUUGAAAUAUGAAGUAAACAACGCAUCUCCGAAUGGAAAGUACUUUGACAUUAUUCUCCGUGCGGUUGUGACUGAGGAAGGCUACUACCAUUGUGUUUUGACACAAAAUGAAAUCUGCCAUCAAAUUUCCUCAGAGAGGAGUAGGAUGGUCAUGCCUAGAGGUGCAGGAUAUUUCCUCGUCCCUUCAUCAUUGUUAGUGUUCUCCUCAUUAUCGCUGUCAUUUGGAUUCUGGUCUAUUGGUUUUGCUGCCCCACCCAUCCCGGUGGGCGAGAUGAAAUGGAUGCAAAUCAGGUUCCCUUGAUGACUGGAUCAGAUCACAAUAACUGAUAUGAUGUUUUUCAAUAAAAUUAUUAGUGAUUAUUUUACAGCAUUUACUGUAUUGUGUAAAAAUACAGAAAGACAAAUACCCUAUAAAUUUUUUUAGGAUAUUUAAAGAGUCUAUCUGUUAAUAUUGUUCCAUCAAAGAUUUAUUACCACACUGUAAUAAUCAACAGUUUUA